UAGAGAUCAGGUUGGAAGAUAGAUAUUCAUAUAUCACCAACGGACAGUUACGAAAUAUACGACGGGAUUGUCGCAGAAUGGGUUCCGAUGCUAUAAUACGCACAUUUCUCUUGCCGUUCAUAUCCAUUUUUGGGACGAUAGCUGCAAUAGGUCUGGUAAUAUGCGGCAUUCUCAGUUGUAUCUCAGUUUCGGUGCUGUGCAUCCUGGUCGGCGUCUACAUCAUCUUGGUGGGCAUCUGCGUCAUGUUCAUGGAGGCCCCCCUUAUUUACAAAGCGUUCGAUAUUGGAGUGGGAGUGCAUAAUUUUACGAAACCGUUGAAAAAUUGGAUGAAAGUGAUUCUUUACUUUUGUCUGGUGAUCCCCAUGUUCCUCUGUUUGGGCUUCUCGAAUAUCAUAGCUAUCAUCUUCCUCUGUCUGCUGGCGCUGGGCCAAGGUGCACUCUGGGCGUACAGUGGUCCCGAUGCGACUACAGAAAACCCCGGGGGGCCAGAUAGCAAUCUUAUGAGUACUAUGGGCAUGGGUAAUGUUGACGGCAGCACCACAAACGUAUAGAAGUAGCCGAUAUAUAGGAUCGUAUAGGAUAUGCCGAUCAAUAGCAACGCGCGGUAUCACAGAGACAUACUCAGCCACAUAGCAUGAAACUGCGGAGCCAGCCGGAAUAAAGCGGUCUUGUUGGGUAUUCAGUGUACUGGUAUGAAAGGUCACGGGAGCCGUACCCUAAACCCCAAAUCCCAAAC